AUGGAUAACCUGUCCUGCUUUACGCACGGAUGCAGCACAGGCUGGGUAUCAGGCGUACUAGGAAAUGAGGCGUUAACAGGAGGUGCAUGGCUCGCUGCUUUGCCGUGUCUAGUCGCACUGCCAGCUGCUCCAUUCUUCGCGGUCCUCGCUGACGCAAGAGGAAGAAAAGCGGGGGCUUUUUGUAUUUGUUUAAGUUUUAUUAUAAGCUGGUCUUUGGCAGCAUGGUGUGGCCAACGUGGCGUGUGGGCAGCCAGGGUAGCAGCUGGUGCAGGAGGUGCAGGAGCAUUGGCUCUGGCACCAUUAUAUUGCGCAGAAAUAGCGCCAAGGACCAAGGGUUUAGCAGCCAUGCCUGCGUUGGCUUGCAGUUGUGGUAUCCUGUUUGCGUAUGCCGCCGGUGGCAUGCUGUCGGCGCAUGCUCUGUCACUAUCGAUGGCAGUACCGCCAUCGGUUCUACUGGUGUCACUGAUCUGGCUACCGGAGACGCCAUCUUUCCUCAUCAAUGUAGGACGAAUACAGGAUGCGGCCAAAAUUAUCUGCUGGUUUGAAGGCUCCGAUUUCCAGGAGGAUCUAACAGAUGUUAUUGAGCAACAGGAAGUGAAAAUUCGAACAUCAGACUGCUAUGGGAGACGAGAGCCGAUGAGAAGACAGGACUCUGACACUUUCCAGCCAAUGCUUAAAAGAAUUAGUGGGCUGGAAUCCAACUCUGAUAAAAAGAAUGAGCAGUCAGCUUGUAGGGAACUUUUUCACCACCGUCGUUCUCGUCGCGCACUCGUUUCUUGCGUGGUGGUACUUAGCGCAGCUGCGGGCAGCGGCGCUGGCGCUGUCAACAGCUUUGCGGCAGCGGUUCUGAGGCACUCCACCCAUAGCGUGCCGCAUCUGAACAUGACAGCUUAUAACUUCACUAUUUAUAAUGGAUCUGCACCUCGCCAGUUGUUCGACCCAUCGGAGGCAGGGUCCAUACUGUGUGGUAGUGCACUGGUACUUGGCGCGGCCGUCGCGACUGCCACUGUCGACAAACUAGGAAGAAAGAAAUUGCUUCUUUGGUCUUGCUCUGGUAUUACAUGCUGCCUCGCUAUUCUUGGCAUCUACUGCGAUCCUAGUCUCCACUCGCAGACCUGGUACUCCCACCGAAUGUGGCCUUACCGACGAACUCAGAACGUCAAAGAAAAAGACAUCCAGUUGCCUGAAAACCUCACUACCAUAACGUUUCCAGAAUGGAAAGUAUCGGAAAUUCCAGAAUGGAAAAACUACAGUAGUGUUAAGUUGGAAAAUGAGAGUUAUUCCGGAUGGAGAGAACACAAUAUAAUGAACAAGACUCCAAGUGUGAAGGAGGAGAGUCUAUGGGGUCCUGUGGCUUUGAUGUCGAUCGUACUAUUUUUAUACAACAUCGGCUUAGGAUCAGUGCCUUAUGUACUUAUUUCAGAAUGGUUUAGUGUCAAUGUGAGAACCCUGGCAUCAAGCCUUCUCAUCUCCUGGAUGUGGCUCAGUAGCUUUUUAAUACUCCGCUACUACGGGAGCCUGGCGGUCUUAGUUGGUCUCCACGGUAUCUACUAUAUAUGUGCCUCCAUCACACUACUAGGCUCCUUGUACAUAUUCCUCGUCAUACCUGAAACAAGGGGAAAGUCACAAGAACAAAUCAAUGAAGAUUUAGAUGGACCUCUUCUGGUCAUUGCUAGAAGAAGAAAGAAUGAACGAUGA